AUGGAUAUCGCACUGGCUAUUACCUACGACCACAAGAGCGCCGUGACAUAUGCACUCCUUUUGGGCUGCACCGAGUCUCAGCAGGGAUUUCUCCAUAAGCAGCUGACGAGCCUUCCCAUGUUGGCCCGUCACCCUCUUUUGCUGCCAGUCCUCUUCGCCGAAUAUCAGCACACAUUCCUGAAUGACCGGAAUCUAUACCUCUGGAAGGGAUUGCUCGAAGUCGAAACCACGAGCGGCAGAACAGGGGCGCCGCUGAUACGGGCGUCUGCCAACCCACACGAAGAAGGGCAAAUGGGUUCAUCGUCCACUACCAAGGCUUUCAGGAAGACGGAUGUCACCAACGAGGUCCUUGGGAUUAUCCAGAUUGCCACAUAUUGGGAAACACACUGCGAGACUCUGGAUGUUAUGAUUGAUUGUAUCCAGAGCAGUCUAGAUGCUCUCAUUAACCACCAAGCCGGGAGUGCAACAGCACCUGACAGUAUCCCAGAAACAGGGCGCAUUCUAUCUGCAUCAAUACAGUUUACGAAGCGCAAGUCCCAGGUGCUGCUGUCCGAUUUCCGGUUCAUUGAGAAAAGAGCCCAAGCGCAAAUGACCGCUGUACGUGAGACCACCCAACUCCCAGCUAACACCCAAGUAAGUGUCUUCAAGUAA